GCGGACCCUACAGUGAAGGACUUGAUAGGUGGCUUCACAGCGUUACAUUAUGCCGCCAUGCAUGGAAGGGCACGAAUUGCACGCCUCAUGUUGGAGUCUGAGUACCGCAGUGAUAUCAUCAAUGCAAAGAGCAAUGAUGGGUGGACACCCCUGCAUGUGGCUGCCCACUAUGGCAGGGACUCUUUUGUCAGGCUGCUUUUGGAGUUCAAAGCUGAGGUGGACCCAUUGAGUGACAAGGGCACAACUCCUCUGCAACUUGCUAUUAUCCGAGAACGAUCCAGCUGUGUAAAGAUCCUCUUGGACCACAACGCCAACAUUGAUAUUCAAAACGGGUUCCUGCUUCGCUAUGCUGUGAUAAAAAGCAACCAUUCAUACUGCCGCAUGUUUCUGCAAAGGGGUGCUGAUACAAACUUAGGGAGGCUGGAAGAUGGGCAAACUCCACUUCACCUCUCUGCCCUGCGGGAUGAUGUUCUCUGCGCUCGCAUGUUGUACAAUUACGGGGCAGACACGAACACUAGAAACUAUGAAGGUCAGACACCACUGGCCGUAUCAUUAAGCAUUUCUGGAGCUAGCAGGCCUUGCUUGGACUUCCUACAGGAUGUAAGAAGUAAGUAACAAUGGCUUUUCUUCUUUUUGUGCCAUAGUGUAACAAACAGGCCCAUCAUUUUAUUUAUUUUCCUUUUUUAAUUUACAUUACAUUUGGGAAAAGGGAUAUUUUCAGACAUUUUGUAGUUCAGAAUAUUAACCUUGACUGGCUAUUCUGCUGCUCUUUUGCACCAGCAAGCUGUCGGCUCAUGUGCAGCAGUGCCUUUUUGCAGUUGUUCUGUAAUCCUUAGUAUUUAAGGCAGUUUACAUGUGCCACAUAAGAUGCUUUCUCCUACUUUCCAGACAUCAAAAAAAAAAAGCGCACUAAACACACACUUCAUGAAGAAAAUUAAUCAACUGAUAGAUUUAUUACAUGUCAUACAGUAGGUGUUUGCACACCCUACGAUAAACCUUUGACUGCAAGAUCUGUAAUUUGUCUCAUGUUUCUGUAUGGCUGAUCAGAAAGAAGUCUUGUAGAAGUUUUUUUUUUUUGUGUUGGUUUUUGUCCACAAAUGGCUGUUAUAGUACUCAAUUAGCUGUAUAUAAUUCAUGCUUUUGUGAUCUUUGUUUCCAAAGAUGCUUCACUGUUUAUCUUGCUUAUCAUUAUAGGGAUUGUAGUUUGGAACUGCAGGAGGAAUAAUAAUUGCCUAUAAACAUUAGGCAUCUAUUUUCACCCUUGCAACUUUUUGCAAGCUUUGCAAUUCUACUCUGGCCACCAGAGGUCAUCCCACACAAUGUUUGAGUUCGUAAUAGUCCUUCCCCAACCUGCCUGUUUUCACUGAUAUAAUGUCCGUGUAGCCUUUCUUUGUACUUUGGAUGUGUUUUAUAAUGAAUUUAAGUAGAUGGUUUACCAGUCUGAUUUUUGGUUGUGUUUUCUUUUUGUGUUGCUACAGUUUUGGAACUGUUACCAUCAAUAUGUUCUAUCUGUAGGUAUUUACCUAAUUUAACAGGCGAAGCAAAAACAUAGAAUUGCUCUGUGUGUCAUGUUUCUCCCUUUUUAAAGGACCACUAAAGUCAUUGAGGCCACUUCAUUUCUAUGUCAUUUUGCACUACUCCCUUGCGCGCCCCGCUGUGACGUCAAGCGAGGGAGCAAAGCAAGAAGAGCUUGAAUAAUACACAAGCAACACUGGACCCCAGGG